AUGUAUUACAGCAAGCAGGCAACAGAUACGUGGACCAAAACAAAGAUAAGUGUGAUACCAGAUCUUCUCAGACAAGAGCAAAGCCAUUCAAGAGAGGAAAGUUCUGCCAAAGACAAACUGUACACAUGUGCCAUUUGUGGGAAACAAUUUGCUCAAAAGAUGAUGCUUACAUACCACCAGCAGGUCCACGUAGGAGAGAAACCAUACAAAUGCCAAGAAUGUGGAAAAUGCUUUUCUCACAACUCACACCUUGGGAGCCACCAGAAAGUCCACAUAGGGCAAAGACCCCACAAGUGCCAGGAGUGUGGGAAAUGUUUUACCCGCAAUUCACAACUGGUGAUGCAUCAGACCAUCCACACAGGAGAGAAGCCACACAAGUGUCAAGAGUGUGGGAAACGUUUUGCUCGGAUCUCAAGCCUCGUGAUCCACAGAAGAGUUCACACAGGAGAGAAACCCUACAGAUGUCAGGAGUGUGGGAAAUGCUUUGCGCAUGGCUCGCACCUUGUGAUGCAUCAGACGGUCCAUACAGGGGAGAAACCCCACAAAUGCCAAGAGUGUGGAAAGUGUUUUGCUCGUAUUUCAAACCUUGCGAUUCACCAGAGAGUUCACACAGGAGAGAAACCAUAUACCUGCCAGGAGUGUGAGAAAUGCUUUGCUUACAAGUCGGAUCUUGUGAAACACCAGAGAGUCCACACAGGAGAGAAACCCUAUAAAUGCCAGAAAUGUGGGAAGUGUGUUGCUUUUAUUUCAGCCCUUAUGAGCCACGAGAGAGUCCACACAGGAGAGAAACCUUACAAAUGCCAAGAGUGUGGGAAAUGUUUUGGUCAGAAUUCACACCUUGUGAAGCACCAGCGGAUCCACACGGGAGAGAAACCCUACAAAUGCCAGGAGUGUGGGAAGAGCUUUCCUGGCAGUUCCCAACUUGUCACCCACCAGAGAGUCCACACAGGAGAAAAACCAUACAAAUGCCAAGACUGUGGAAGGUGUUUUGCUCAAAAUUCAAUACUUGCCAGACACCAGAAAGUCCACACAGGAGAGAAACCCUACAAAUGCCAGCAAUGUGAGAAAUGCUUUCCCUGCAAUUCAGAGCUGGUCACCCACCAGAGAGUCCACACAGGGGAGAAGCUAUACAAGUGCCAGGAGUGUGUGAAAUGUUUUGCUUAUAGGUCUGACCUUGUGAAGCACCAGAGGGUCCAUACAGGAGAAAAACCUUUCAAAUGCCCCAAGUGUGAAAAAUGCUUUUACUUCAGUUCAGCCCUUUUGAGCCAUGAGAGAAUUCAUACAGGAGAGAGACCAUACAAAUGCCAAGAGUGUGGAAAGAAUUUUGCUUAUAACUCACAGCUUUCCAGGCAUCAGGAAACUCACAUAGGAGAUAAAUCAUCCAAAUGCCAGUAGUAUAAGAAAUGCUUUGCCUGGCAACCCACCAGUAUGUUUACACAAACUACUCCUUUGGAGGCUUUUAUACAGAGGCUGAAUGUGUUGGAGGUGCUUUGUGUUUUCUUGCAUGGCAGGCGAUUGGACUGGAUGGCCCAUGUAAUGUCUUCUAACUCUAUGAUUCUGUGAGAGAAGCAAUGCUUGGAUUGAGAAGCCCUAUAAAUAGAAAACCACAGGAAAAAAAUUGAAACCUCAAAUGUAUCUGCAUAAUGAAUCCGUAACAUGUGAAAUAGCAAAAAUGUACUGUGUACGUAGCAGUAUGUUGUUGUGUUUAACUGCCAAUCAUGUCAACUUCAAUUUAUGGAGAUCCCAUGAAUGAAAGACCUUCAAGUCACCCAUCAUCGACAGUCCUGCUUUGAUCUUGCAAACUCAAGGCUGUUGCUUCUCAGAUUGGGUCUCUUUAU